AUGACACAUCGGAACAAUACCUCGCUUUUGCCUGCUGACUCGAGUAGAGCUAGGAGGUACGAUGUAACGAUAUACGAUACCGCCUCUCCUGCCAAUGCUUUCCACAUCUCAGCCUUCUCAGGUACCUCAUACCUUUCUCGUUCUCGCCGUCCAGAUAGUUUCACAAGCUGGACUGAGUUUCUGAGUUUGGUUGGUGAUCUGCAGGAUCGUGCGGAGCAGCGGCGACUGUUCACUCGUCGGCCGGCAUCCGAAACGUUCCGGCGUGGGCGAGGUGUGCAGUCGGCCCCAGUGUCCAUUAUCUCAAGCAAGGGCGGUGCUCCACGCUCAUAUUCAUUGGAUCCCCUCCGCAGAAGUGGAAUUAAGCGCGAGCCGCAUAUUGGAUCGGCCCUAGUCAUCCAGAGUCCCAAACAUCCACCAACUGGCACCAAGUUUGAGCCUGAACCCCUGCUCGUUUCUGGUGACGCAGAGUCGCGACACCCGAGUGUGACUACGACCAACGAUGAUAGGCAGACACGUUACCGUCGUUACGCUUGCGCAUCCGGUGUCCCUGGAUGUCAGGAUGAGGAUGACAGGAUACCUACACAUGCCACGCACCCGCUCGCCCACACACACUGUCCAUCUCCUGGCGUGACGCAUCGAGCUGUCGGCAAGGAAGAUCUGCCCAACGCAAAGAGAGAGCGAGACUCGAGUUCGCGAUCAGCGAUUGCCCGUGUUGUCGGCCAACGCACAGAACGUGUCGCUUGGCUAGCAAGUGUGCAGAGGGAGAGGGCACAUCUGACGGUGCCGGACGGGAUCAAGAAACGCAUGCCGCGCGCCCAGUGCGCUAGGUAG